AUGAUUAACCAAAAUCUGACAGCCCCACCUCGUGGAUUUCCCAAAGUUCGACAAGAUCCCUCGGCAACGAUUAGUCAAGUUGGUGAUUCCACACACUUACAAUGUGAGGUCUCCGCCGACCCUCCAGCCGUUGUCUCAUGGAUUAAAGAUCAGUUCUAUCCGGUGGACACAUCCUCCUCUCGCUUCCGCCUAGUUGGUUCUGGAUCAUUAAUCAUCGAAACCCUGCUGGAAACGGAUUCUGGCUCAUAUGAGUGUAUGGCUCGUAAUGUGGUCGGUACCGUUUUGAGCAAUUCCGGGCACUUACAUGUACGACGCAUCCAAUUUCCACCCACCAUCAAUGAGAUGCCGGACAAGGUUGAGGUUUCUCCGGGUCGCGGUACAAACUUAACAUGUCGCGCUGGAGGAUUUCCCGUACCAAUGGUUUGGUGGUCAACUCUGGGCAGUCCGGCGGGACCGAGACACUCGGGGAUGCCUGUGAUGAUGACCGAACGUCCGCUUACCGAACCCCAACCACACGAGGCCACACUACGUCUGACGGAUAUCACAGAAUCAUAUGAUUACAACUGUAUAGCAAAAAACGGGCUCGGACUUGUCCGCAAAAACGUCAGCGUUGUGGUAAAAGAACUCCCUGCCCCACCGACGGAUCUGGAUGCUCGUCCAAUAAGUGGUACAUUUGCUGUUUUGUGGUGGCGCCCGAGCAAAUCCCCUUCGGUGGAUUCAUAUACACUAAGCGUGGAAACGAGAGGUCAUGCUUUCGGGAAACUAGGCAGCAGACAAGUCGCCAAUAUUGAUCCGAAAUCCCGCGCGAUUCCCGAUACGCAAACCGAUCAAAUCUCAUACAAUCUGACUGAGUUAACACCCUACACGGAAUAUGUGGUACGAGUACACGCGGUCAGUCGUUCGGCCGGGCUCUCACCACCAAGCAAACCGGUGGAGUUUAGAACCGCUGAACUACGUAAGUCAGAGCACAGUUCAUUGAUAAAUAGGAAUUCUCUCGGCUGA